UUGAUGGGCGGGUAGGUUGGCCGCGCAGGCGCAGAAAGCCUUGGCCACGCAGACUGAGCCAACCUCAGGUGAGGAGGGCCGGUUGUACCUGUGUUCAGGGUCGGCGAAUUCACGCCCAGAGCGGGAUGCAGCGACGCCCCUGAGCGACCAUGGCAGCGGCCGAUGAGCUGGCCUUCCACGAGUUCGAGGAAGCCACUAAUCUGCUGGCCGAGACCCCAUAUGUGGCCACCACAAGCAUAAGUGAUCAGCUGACCCCAAAGGGGCAUGUGGCUGUGGCUGUGGGCUCAGGUGGUAGCUACGGAGCUGACGACGAAGUGGAGGAAAGUGACAAGACCGCGCUUCUACAGGAGGAGAAGCAGCAGCCUGGAUUCUGGACCUUUAGCUACUAUCAGAGCUUCUUCGAUGUGGACACCUUGCAGGUUCUGGACCGUAUUAAAGGUUCUCUGCUGCCUCGGCCUGGCCACAGCUUUGUGCGGCACCAUCUGCGGAAUCGCCCGGACCUGUAUGGCCCCUUCUGGAUCUGCGCCACCCUGGCCUUUGUCCUGGCCAUUACUGGCAACCUGACGAUUGUGCUGGCCCAGAGGAGGGAUCCCUCCAUCCACUAUGGUCCCCAGUUCCACAAGGUAACUGUGGCCGGCAUCACCAUCUACUGCUAUGCCUGGUUGGUGCCACUGGCUCUGUGGGCCUUCCUGCAAUGGCGCAAAGGCGUCCGGGAGCGCAUGGGGCCUUACACCUUCUUGGAGACUGUGUGUGUCUAUGGCUAUUCCCUUUUCAUCUUCAUCCCCACUGUGGUUCUUUGGCUGAUCCCUGUCCCGUGGUUGCAGUGGCUCUUUGGUGCACUGGCUCUGGCCCUGUCAACUGCUAGCCUGGUGUUUACCCUCUGGCCCAUUGUCCGCGAGGACACCAGGUUGGUGGCCUCCGUGCUGCUGUCUGCCGUCAUACUACUCCAUGCCCUCCUGGCCAUGGGCUGUAAGUUUUACUUUUUCCAGCCACUGUCUCCGGAGCACGCGGCACCUCCACCCCAGGUCACAUCUCUGCCUCCAACCAUAUUCUUCACACCCACCCCGCCAAAGGCUAUGGCAACCUAAGGCCAGAGCCUAUGGGGGUUUCUCUUUCAGGUCCAACAUGAAGGGACACUUCUGCCUGCCCUGCCCCCCAGACGAUGACUGAAGGUUUCUUUGGCAUUUCAAGAUCACUCUGCUACUUGCCAGACUUUUCUUACAAAGCAAACACUUUUAUUUUCUAUGCAAAGGUGAUUCAGAGAAUUUAUAUAAAGGCGGGAGAAGGGUGGCUGAGCAAGGAGCUUCCAGUGCAGCUGUUGCCCCAUGGGUCACCUGCUGGACCUUUCUUCUUUUCCCGAGGGUCCCAGAGGAGAGCAAAGAGUCACUCCAGCCUUGGUUGUGCCCACCCUUCCUGGAGUGCCCAGUUAGCAGGGCCUUGGGCCUAGCCUUGGCUCCACCACAUCCAAGUUUGAGGGUGUUAGCAAUGGGGGGGGCAAAAGUAGAAGAAAAUUGCCUGUGCUGAAACACA